AUGCUCGCAGCGGUCGCUCAAAUCUGUUCGCUUCCUUCUCUGACUCACAACGUCGCUCUGUGUCGAUCGGUCAUCCGUCGUGCAGCACAAGCCGGGGCUGACUUGGUCUGGCUACCCGAAGCGUCCGACUUUAUCGCUUCCGCUGCCGAUGUGCCUGGCCUUUCCAGACCCUUGGAUCAGAGCGUGUUCAUUGACGGAGUCAAAGUGAGUCGAAAAGGCGUUCUGCAUUGCUAUUCCGGGUAUCCUCUUGAAGAUGUCCGUCGUGGUAUUUCGAUCCAGGCUCAAGCGAAGUUUAGCAAGGUUUGGGUCGGCGUAGGCGUUCAUGAGAGUGUCAAAGGGGAGGAACGGUGUUGCAACACCAAUUUGGUCGGUUCGAGUGGUCAGUCGUAUUAUGAGAUGAGGUUUAUCAGCUGAUUAGCUCCUCCCUCGCUUGCCGUUCGCAGUUGAUUUCGCCCGAAGGCGAAGUCCGAGCAGCUUAUCGCAAAGUAGGUUGGAGUACCCAGUUCGUACCGAUCUGGAACGAGAGACUUUGAGAGUACUGAUAUCUGGCCAUUCAGAUCCACCUUUUCGACGUCGAUAUCCGAGGCGGUACCGUCAUUCUCGAGAGCAAGACGACCAAGCCAGGCGCAGAAUUGUUCGAUCCCGUCGAGACACCGCUGGGCAAAGGUGAGGGACUGCCUCCGCUUCAGAUCUUAAGUAACAUAUCUUGGUACUGACCGUGCUGAACCGUUCGCCCUUACCAGUGGGUCUUUUGACGUGUUAUGACUUGCGAUUCCCUGAAGUCUCGCUCGCGUUGAGGAGAAGAGGCGCACAAAUCAUCACCUACCCCUCCGCUUUUACUUUACGGACAGGUUCGUCCCAGCUUUCUGUCCAGCGGGUACUCUGGGGUCUCACUGCUAAAGCUGUCAUUUCCAUCUUCAUCCAAAGGAGCCGCGCAUUGGGGUCAGUAUCCACGUUUCCAUCCUCCAACAGAAUCGCUCUGAACUGAAUCUCUUUCCCAUCGGAGCAGAGGUCCUCCUCCGAGCGCGAGCGAUCGAAACGCAGUCCUACAUCCUCGCCCCCGCUCAAACCGGUUCUCACACCGCAACACGACAAAGUUACGGCCACGCCAUGAUCGUCGGACCUUGGGGGGAGGUUCUCGCGCAGUGUAGCGACCGACAGCCCAAACCCUACACGGAUGGGGUUGACGACGGGACUUUUGCGAUGGCCGAUCUGGAUCUGGGGUGGUUGGAAGAUGUGAGGAGGGAUAUGCCGCUGUGGGAACAGAGAAGGUCGGAUGUGUACCCUAUACUUUGA